GCCCUUCCGUUCUUCAAGAAGAGCUACAAGCAAGUGAAAUCCCUGCAGCAAGAUGAAUUACUGCGAAUGAUAUCCUCGGGGAAACCAAGUUACGAGCAAGUUCACAUGUGGCGCAAGUCAUUUGAGUCUCUCCUUCAUGACAAAUAUGGCCUCGCACUCUUCAAGGAGUUCCUCACGACGGAAUUCAGUGACGAGAACAUUGAAUUUUGGAUCGCGUGUGAGAAUUAUAAAAAACUUAGUCAGUCAAAGAAGAUGCAGUGCCAUGCCCUGAAGAUAUACGACGAUUUUCUUGCUGCCCAGGCUGGACGCGAGUCCAUCCCAACCGCACGAUCCACACUUCCAAAUAGCAUUCUCGCGUUUCUGACAAAACUCCUGUCAGCCCGAUAUCUUUACCGGUCCUAG